AGCGGCUCAGUUUGGUUUGAGUAGCCGUGGCGUUAGUGUGUGUCGCACCGCCCAGCUAUCAUACGACGAGUGCGUUUAAAAAAAUGCCAUUUCAAAUCAUAGAAACAAUCGAGCGAGGUAAACGAUUAAUCGAAACAGUUCCUUCAACAUGGACAAGAGAUGGAUAUCUAUUUUGGCCGAAAAAAAAUUUUUUGUCAUUAAAGAAAAUUGAAGGGUCCAUACCCCAACAUGACUGGAAACCUUACCCUUGCAUUAUACUACGGGAUAACAUUUUGGAUUACAAAGUUGCAGAACAGGAGGUGGCUCUAAUGUCCGAUGCCACGGACACAGACGACGGACACAAUAAGGAAAAUGAGCAUCCUGAAAAAACGAAAAUUGCAUUAGAUUUAAAUAAUUUAGUUAUGGAAUGUAUACAGGUAAGUUGGUUAAUCUUUUUAACAGCAUUAAUAUCUACUCGUACUUUAUAGUGAAGUGUAUUUAUCAUUCAUUACCGCUACAAAAAGUAUUAUUUUCAUGAUUAUACCGAUUUACCAAUUACACAGUGUGCCAUGUCCAGUGUGUAUGGCUUGUAUAUUAUGCCAGUAGAAGCAAAUGCGUAUGUUCCAAUGCCAUGGUGCAUGUACGUAUAUUUGGGUAGGUAACUUUAUAAUUAAAUUGUAGUUUGUUUAUUUUUUAGCUAAAUAAAGCCGCCAAAGAAGUAUCCCCAAUGGUGACAGCUGAGGAAGCAUUCCCAAGGGGUCCAUCUGAAGAAGCAUCCCCAAUGGUGGCAGCUAAAGAAACACCUCCAAUGGUGGCAGCUGAAGAAGCACCCCCAAUGGUGUCAGCUGAAGAAGCACCCCCAAUGGUGGCAGCUGAAGACGCACCCUCAGUCAUGGUGGUGGAAUCUAAUACACUUAUGCCUAUGGAUGUAAACAACGUCACAGUAAAAGACCCCUCGCAAGUUAGUUAACUCUAUUUAUAAUAUUAUGUAUGAAAUUAUGUCAGUACCUUUAGUUCUUGAAAUAAAAAAAUUUUAUCUGUCAGACACUUAUUUUAUACGUGAAUAUGGGUUUAUCUUAAAAUUGCUAUUUCUUAUGACAUUUUCUUUUUAUCACCUAAAACAUCCUUUAAUUUUUCAGGAAACUGUGAACAACGCUCCAAAAAUCGCGGUUAUUCAAAAUAGUAUUCUAAACCCUGAUAAGAAUUUGUUAUUGGCGGAUUCGAGUCAACGUCUUGAUUUUCAAAUUUUUGAUCCCCAAACAACCGUAACCGAAUCUAUAAAGGUUUCUGAACAAGUUGGGUAUUUAAUAGAACUGGUAACAACUGUUCAAGAAAACCAAAAAGUUCUUUUCGAAAAUCAACAAAAUAUACUUAAAGCAGUUGUUUUAACAAAUACUAAACUAGAAGAAUUCAUCACAAGGUCACAGUUACCAGUUCAGCUUGAACGACAUGAAGUUGCAUCAAAUUUUAAAACGAUUAACAAUAUAGAAGAACUUAAAUUUUUUGAGGAACAAUUAAAAAAUCCCAGUAUGGAAACAAAAUAUCUUCAGGAGUUAUCUAUUAUUUGUAGUGAAAAAAAAACAGGGCAUAAUAAUGCGUACGCAUUAGUCGAUGCUAUGUUUGAUCGUCAAUUAAUGACGCGCUGUUCCUGGGGAGGAGGCACUAAAGGGGAACCUAAACAUUGUUUUAAAGCAUUUACAAGAACAAUUAACUUAUUCCUUAAAGUUGUCCACCAAUAUGAUAAAACAUUCACUAAACCAAUUUGUGAGGACUUCUUCAAGAACGUCAUGCGACACUCUAUUAAAAGAAAUAUAGCUAAACGUGUACGCGAUUCCACAACAAAGAAGAAGAUGAAAAAAAGUGAGGCCACAAAGGACAGACAAGAUCAGAACACGGCGGAAGCAGGACCGUCUAAUGAUAAUAAUUCAACUUAAUAAUUUUAUUGUGUUGCAAUAUUUCGUAACUGAUUUAUAAAAGUACUUUGAUUUAUAUUGUUUAGUUAAAAAAGGUUCCUAUAUUUAAAAAGUUUGAUUUAUAAUACUUAUGCCAAAAAGAUACUAGUGGUAAGCUUUGCUCCAAAGUUUAACAAAGAUAGUUUAGAUAUUACUUAUAGUGCUUAUAAAUACAGUAAGACUUUUCGGAGUAAAGAUAUAUAACUCUUUUGCGUAGCAAAGAGAUAAUUAAUGUCAUUUUUAU